AUGAGCGAGAUUAAGAGACGCACGCGCACUGGCUGCCUCACGUGUCGGGCCCGGCGCGUCAAGUGCGACGAGCGGAAGCCGGCCUGCAACCGCUGCACCAUUGCCAAUGUCGAGUGUGCGGGAUACGCGCCCAAGCGGCACAUCGACGUGCGCAUGCCGCCGCGCGCGUCCCAGUCGCAGCAGAGCUCGCCGGCAGACGUCGAGGAUGACGAUGUCCGCUCAGACCGCCUUCACUCCUCGCCGCAGGGCCCUCCGGGUUCCACCCCGUCCGGCCCGCCGUCCGGCCCGGUUUCCGCUCCGUCCACUCAUCCCGCCGCCUGCAUCCUGCCCCGGCCUCAGUUCCGCCAUGAUGGCUUGCCCCUGGUUGGUCUGCCGAGCAAUCCGCGGCUGUCACAGCGCCCCUGUGCUGCUUCCAGGGAGGUUCUGGCCUAUCACCAGUUCUUCUUCCGGACGCUGCCGAUGCUCUUCCCGGCUGAUCACUUGCCAUUCUGGAGGGAUCGUCUUUGUGACGAGGCCUGGUGUCUCGAGUAUGCCCAGCGGGGAUUGUUGGCUCUAGGCUGUAUGCAUCGUGCCGCUCUCAUGAUAUCCAUGCUUGGCGAGAAUGACCAGGCCCGCGGGCUGGACACCAAAGUCAUUGCCGUCCAGGGAUACACCCAAGCACUGCAGGAAUUGUCAAGUCAGCUGGAUGAGGCCGAGAAACAGUUAGAGGUUUUAUCAGCUGUCUUGGUUCUCAUGGCCUACUUUGAGUGCUUUGCAAGCAACAUCCCCGCGGCAUACAGCCAUGUCUGCACCGCCAACUAUUACUUUACAGCCCUCAAGUCUAAUACACCGGCACAUGUUGAUGACCUUGUACUCGACUCUCUGGGAACUGCCUUGCAGACUCUCACGUGGACUUGUUACAUGGCAGUGCCUCUUCCCGGCAUGCUGCUCUCUGUUGGCCGUACGACGACUACAGGGUACAUUGCACAAAGCCCUUCCUUUCUGCAACGUAGCUUGCUACAGGUUCUAAUUGACUCUGGAGUUCAUGACGAGAUAUGGACUCUCACACCGGUACGGCAAGAGCCAUCCGUAUUGUUAGAAAAGGUCUACCGACUGCAGCGUAAUCUACGAGAAUGGAAAGAUGUCCAUGGCCAUCUUCAUCCCAACUUGGAAGCAGAUACGGCAACCCUGGCCAGUCUGGAAAGUUCGGAAGAAUACCAUUUCCCUAUACCCCCGUCUCCUUUCUUGGCGCUUCCACCAAACCUUUGUCUUUCCGGGGCAAUGUAUAACUUCCUCAUGGCACGCAUAAUGUGGACUCUCUGCCUCUAUGACAAAGGCCAAGACGCAAAGAAGAUGGAAUCCGAGGCUUACAUAUACUUUUACCAAACCAUGCGGUUUGCAGCAACCCACACGGCGAACAAUAGCCUAAGGACGCUGCCCAAUGGCACAUAUUCUACAGAUGCGCCUGUUGCUAGCGAGGAGAUGGACAAGAGUUUCUUGCCUAUUCUCUACAUCACAGGACAAUGCAGUCCUCAGCCGUCUUGGCUCCGCUGGAUCGCGCAAUUGAUGAAGCAAAUAGGAGAACAAGGACUCUUCAAUGGCUUCGUGCUGUCUGCUAGCCUCAAAGUUCUGCAUAAGAUGGAACUUAGCCAUAACUUGCUGUCGACUGAUAGGAUCGAGCGAUAUCCUAACCCGGCGCUGCGGAUCAUCUCGAUGCUGAUUCCAGAGACGAAUGCUCAAGGCUUUGUGUGUUAUUAUGCUAAGCCCUCUCGAUUCAACAGUGGUUGGAUCAACCGAGAUACCCUUACCUACUAUCCCAUUGCUCAUGCGCGCUUCUCUCCCGAGCUGGAUGAGGACAGUGCAGCGAAGCGAGAGAUUGAGUCGUCCGGUCGCGAGCAGCUGGCAAACUCGCUCCUCGGAGACGAGGUUCAACCUUAA